GAGGAAAAGAUUCAUGGAGUGAUGGAGAGCCGAGCAAGAUCGAAGAACAUGCAGAAAAUCUAAGGAAACGGCGAACAAGAUCGAAGAACGAUUCGAGGAGAUAAGAUACCUUUUCAUUUGUAUGAUAGAAACAGAAUUUCGUGCUGUUAAUUUGAUUCGAUUUCUAUCACUUUCCUCCAACCAAAUCCUACAUCUUUUGAUGUUUGAUUGAUUGAAAACUGAGGGGUUUCAAUUUCUUUGAUCAAGAAACAACAUGAGUUAUGGUCUUUGAUUCAUCAUUUCUAAGAAGAAUUUAAACUUGUUCGAUAUCGGAAUCAUAUGCUUCGUUUUUUAUGUUAUAAAUGUCGAAUGUACCGAAAAGUGGAUCAGGAGCAACGUGUUCCUGGCUUUACAAGAAGGUCGUUGAUCCUUUCCUUCAAAUCCUUCGCAGGGGAUCAGAGCCUAAGAAGCUGGCAUUCUCAGCUGCCCUUGGCAUUUCAUUAGGAUUGUUCCCAGUCGUUGGGGUGACAGUGUUUCUCUGUGGGCUGGCUAUAGCAGCGCUUGGACAUUUUGUCAAUGCUCCAACAGUUAUGUUGGCUAAUUUUAUUGCAACUCCGAUAGAGCUGAGUUUGAUGGUCGUGUUCUUGCGCUUUGGUGAGUUUCUUACUGGCGGACCUCAUUUUCCUUUGACCUCUAAUGCUUUAAAGAAAGUAAUGAGAGGAGAAGCUUCAAUGGAGAUCGUUCGAAGCAUCCUCCAUGCGUUAUUGGGGUGGUUGGUUUUGGCACCUAUCAUCCUGGGGACACUUUACAUAAUUCUUUUACCGUGUUUCGUGAUCCUCGUGCAUAAAUUCAGUAACGUUUCAAGCCCAAAAGCCUCAGCAUCUAGUACUGAACUGAGGCUUCGGGUAAGGGAUACUUAACCUGCAGAUGAAAUCCAUCAAUGGCUUUUAUCUCUACUUGUAUAUCAACUCUGUAUAAGCUGUAUUUACCGUAUAUAAAUUUUAUAUCUUUAAAAAAAUGUCAGUACACAGCUUUUGCAAGCGUUUAACAUUAAAAUUUGAUUUUUGUAGUCUUAACCACGUAAUUAUGUAAUACUAGCAAGUUAUUCAACUUUCUAACUAUGUAAUACUAAUAAAUUUAAAUGUUGAAUGUUAAAAAGUUUUCAUUGGGUUGAAAUCAUAUUGUUGUAGGAAUUGGUUA